CGAAUACUUUGUUGUAUAUAAUCGACAUUGCUGAAUUCUCUUCCAUCUGUCAAGAUGCACAAUAGGGGAAGUGUCCUGCUGGUGAUCGUCUUGGCUGCCCUGUGUGUUAGGGCACAAGAUGAGGCUGCCGAGGAGGAAGAUCUUGAUGUAUUCAGGCCCCGUCCUGCACCAGGGCUCCGUCGUCCACCAGAACCUACAUAUCCAAGUGUAGCGUUCAGCGUAAGGAAGGCGAGGACGGACUCUAGGCCAGGUACUCGCGUCCAAUUCGAGGAUGUCUUGACAAACGGAGGCGAGGGUUGGGACACUCGCAACAACGAGUUCGUGGCUCCUUACGAUGGCUUCUAUUUCUUCAUCUUCCACGCUGUUAGCGCUUUUAACAGUGAUUUUACAAUGGCUUUGAACCUGAAUGACAGGUACCAGGUGACUGCUUACGGCAAGUCGAGUGACUACGAGCACGGUUCUAACUCGGCGGUCCUGAAUUUGGAACAAGGGGACAGGGUCUCCCUGCAGCUAGAGCAGGGAAUUAUCUACGAGCACCCUGGCAAUGAGGCAUAUACUACAUUCUCUGGCUUUCUUAUUUACACUUAAUGAAUGACCCUGUCCUAGGAAAAAUUUUUUUUAUAGAUCUAGGGCAAUUAAAAUGAAUUUUGAGCA